CGCACCACACCGCACCGCAGCCAGGCAACUAACACCUACCGGCCGCGCGGCGCCAUGGGCGACGCCAUGGCCUCGUCGAGCUCUAACUCCAAGACGGCGGAGCUGGACGCGCCGCUCCACGCCCUCGGAUUCGAGAUCGAAGAGGUCUCGCCGUCGCGGAUGACCGGCCGCCUCGUCGUCACGCCCAUCUGCGUCCAGCCGUUCAAGGUGCUGCACGGCGGCGUGUCGGCGCUGAUAGCCGAGGGGCUGGCCAGCAUGGGGGCGCACAUGGCCUCGGGCUACAACCGCGUCGCCGGCAUGCAGCUCAGCAUCAGCCACUUCCGGAGCGCCGCCGUCGGCGACACCGUCCUUGCGCGUGCCGUACCCGUCCACAUCGGCCGCUCCACCCAGGUAUGGGAGGUAAAGCUCUGGAAGAUGGAUACAUCCAAACAGGGGGAAGAAUUUCAAAUCGCCGAAGCGAGGGUCACACUCCUAUGUAAUCUACCGGUGCCAGAUGAGCUGAAAACUGUAGGGGAAUCUCUUAGAAAAUACUCUAGACUGUAAACUCUUCCGACAAACUUGAUAUGGGAUGAUCCAUUGAUCUCUGAGUCUGUAAAACUAUUUCG